AGAAGAAAAAUAACCUGAGACACUGAUAAAGAUAAGUUUUAGUGUCAUGCUGCUUCUAACAUAACCGAUCAACAUUACUUAGGAAAAAAAAAGUUUGUGGGAGCAUUUUUAAUCCAUCCAUUUGCUUUAUGGCUACAUCAGGAGUUCUCUGAAAAAAAGAAGCAUGUUAGGAAACUCUGAAUGCCCCUUUUUUCUCUGGGGACUUCUAGCCUUCUUGGGUUUGGCUCUGGUUAUUUCGUUGAUCUUCAAUAUCUCCCACUAUGUAGAAAAGCAACGACAAGAUAAAAUGUACAGAUGCUCUGAUGACUUCAUUCCCAGGGUUGAUGAAUAUUAUAUUGAAGACACACCAAUUUACGGUAAUUUAGAUAAUAUAAUCCCAGAAGAAAUGGAUGAAAAUUGCUAUGAACAAAUGAAAGCCCGACCAGAGAGACCUGUAAAUAAUAUGCAAGAAGCUGCUCCAUCUGCACACGUGCCUGCUGAAACACAGAUGUGCUACGCCUCACUUGAUCACAGCUUCAAGGGGAAGCGUAGGAAGCCCAGAAAACAGAAUGCUCACUUGUCAGAGGAGGAGAAAGACAAGCAAUUACAUGCAGUGGAUGCCAGCAUUUCUACGACCAACUUGGCAGAGAGUUUCUCACCAGAAAGCCAGGCAAUAGAGGAAAACAUUCAUGAUGACCCCAUCAGACUGUUUGGUCUCAUCCGUGCCAAGAGAGAACCUAUAAACCAGGCAGAGUAUGAUCCAAGUCAAUGAUAAUGCUCCUAUUGGAGAUGGUUUUGAAGAAAACAAGAUCCCCACCUAGCACAGAAUGACCUGGCAGAGUGACAGUCUGAUCAUUUGUUGAUGGGAUGGUGGUUUACGUCUUAUUCAGAGACUAUAUCCAUAUGCACUAAAUGUAGUGCCAUUAAAAUUAGUGAUAUGUCCAUGUAUAUAGAAUAUGUCAAAAUGCACUCUACUGUCAUGUAUAUCUAAAAAGAACAAAUAGAGAAAAAUAAAGUGCAAAUGUAAAAUAAAAAUUAGUGAUAUGAAUUCACCUAAAAAUUGCCUAAGUAGUAAAAGUAAAACAAAAUUCAGCUUGCAAAUUAAGCCUGGUAGCAAAGUCAAAACUUUACAAAAAUACCAAAUAGAGAAAUAAACAAAAAAGUUUUAAAGCAUAAAUGUGUUCUGAAACAUGUUAAAAGAAUCAUAAAAAACCAAUAAUUAAACAACAACAACAACAACAAAGUUUUCCUCAUUCACCAAAGUGAAACACUCUGUAAUUAGAAGAAAUUUUUGAUUGAAAGAUGUAGGAGAAAUUAAAAUACAUAUGUAAGAGAAGUGGGAUAAUCCUCUUAAGAGGUAUUUUCCCAAAUGGAAUAGCUUCAUUAGUUUAACAAUUAUUAUAAAAUUAAUGUAUCUUUCUUGCAACAAUAAACUAAUACCAAAAUAAAUUUAGAAAUUCCACUAACUAGAGAAAAUUACUAUGGAAAACUGUCUAUAUAUCCUUCUAGAUAUUUUACUAUUGAGCAUACCCAUGAAAACACAUCAUUUGUUUCUUUAUUAUUUUUCACUAAAAAAAGAAAAGAGGAUUAUUUUAUAUAUAUUAUUUAAACUCUCUUCAUUUAAGGAUAUAUUGUGGAUUUAUUCACACUGCUAUAUUUCACUAUAUCAAAAUAUAGUUAUAUACCAUAAUUUUAAUGUCUGCAGGUAUUCUGUUGAUGGCUAAAUCAAAUUUAUUUAAAUAUUUUGAAGGAUAUUUAGCUUACUUUUUUUCUUUUACAAAUUACAUUAGAAUGAGAAUCUUCUCUACAUGUCUGGAUAAUUGUCUAAUUUCUUAUUAGAUUAAAUGCUUACAGAGGAAUUGCUUUAUUAAAAAGGUGUUCAUAUUGCAAAUCUCUGUAAGAUAGAUUUAUGAAGGGUCAAGAGUUAGAUCAAACUAUGCAUGCCAUUAAAAUUCUGAAAAAUACUCCUAAAUUGUUCUCUUUACAGUUAUUUAAAAAACAAAAACCUCCUGUUAUCUUUACCCAUUGAGAAAGGGGAAUUUAACAGGCUUAUAAUAGACAUCUUCAACUUAUCCCAGUCUACAUGCAAAUGAUGUGUCACUUUGGUAUAGAACUAUAGAAUAAGAUACUUCAAUUUCUUUCUUUCUGGCUAUGUAUUACAGAGUUUAUAUUUUACACAUUGUGAUUUUCCCUCUAUAUGAUUGAUUAUCAUCUUAAAAAAUUAUAUAAUAAUAAAAAGUGUUUUCAUACUUA